AUGCCCGCACCAUUGAAGGCGCCUCGAGUCUUGGAGCAUCAGAAGAGGAAGGUGAAUGCUGGGAUCCUUCCUGAUCAGCAAGUCCCCAGUGUAGGCGACAAGGAGCAGCAGGUGCUGCUGAAUCAAUCUUGGGACAGAUACGGCAUCGGGAUUCAGUUUGAGUACGACUUGCAAGAUGGUGUUGUCCUGGUGCGAUCGAUCUCUCGAGGCGCUGCUGUUCCCUUCCGCAUCGGAGACAAGCUCCUGCGGCUGGACGGCAACUCCAUCCUCCAGAACCCAGCGCUAGCACCAUCUCUCAUCUUCGGGGCGAAGAACUCGAACCUUCACGUAUGCAUGCUACAGGAUGGAGUGGAGGUGGAGGCCUGGUGCAAGCGGGGCUUCUUCGUGGAGGACGAGAACAUGUUGUCGAUACUCGGAGGAACGAAAGCUUGCGGCAUUGGGGUCGUCUUGGACAAGGAUCCUGUCACCUCGUUGUUUGUUGUCAAGAAGGUCUUCCACAACAGCCCUGCGUACCUUGCAGGCCUCAGGAGCGGCCAUCUCAUCUACUCCAUCGACGGCAAGACCGUCCACGCGCUGUCAAAGGAUCAGCUCCCUGGGCUGCUGCUGGGCAAGCAAGGAACGAGCAUCAGCCUCACCUUCCUCACCAAAGAUGCGAAGGAUGUCAAGCAUGUCGACGUCGUCCGCACGGUUGACACUGCGCGAGCUCAGAUGUCAAAUGUCUCUGCUCGAGUUUGUUGCAACUUGUUGGGACCCUCAAGCAGGUCGAUCUCUCUGCAGGAACUCAAGAAGGACAUUGUCUUUGCGCUCUGGACCUCUCCGAAUCGAGUGGUAGUGACUGAGGAGGCUUGCGAUGCGUAUGCCAUCAACGUUCACAUCCUCCCCGACAUCGAGGGAGAGGACUCUCGGAGUGUACAAGAAGUCGUCAGUGAGCUUGAGAAGCAGCUCGAAAACUCCUGCAGUUGUCUCAGGAAAACAAGUUUCGGAGGACACCUGCGAUCGCAGAGUUCCAGCCGCCGGGAGUCAUCUGAGAGCGACUCGACCUCAGUCUCUCGCUGGUCCUCCGCCAGCACGCUGGACAGGACGGUGACGCUGUCGUCGCCGCUCUCGAUGGAGGAGCAACCCACUUCCAAAAGCCCUACCUACGUCGACCUCGACUUCUUCGGGGCUCCUGGAGCCAUGCCUUCCAUCACCCUCAAGGGCCACGAGCCAAACGCCUCCGUCCAUGGCAUCCCUGCGCGCGUGGUGAGCAUGAGCGAUCCGACGGCUCCUCAUCUGGACGUGGAGAUUCCCCUCAGUAGCUGCAGCGUAGCCGACGUGAAACGUUUGAUCCUACGUCGGCUGGAAUCGGAAUCGUCAGACAUGGAGCUGUGGCAUGAGGGAAGGCACCUGCCGCCCAGUACGGACGUGCGUGAGCUCUGGAUGAAACAGCAGCAAGCAGGGAGCCUGAGGCUGGCGUAUUCCCUGACACGGUCACCGGUGUUCAAGCCCAUCAGAAUAUCUCAUGGCCAGGGGAUGCGGAGUGUCGAGGGCUUGCGAGAGAGCGGCCUAGCGACUCGAGGGAGCGACAAAGACUCUUUCAGCCCAGCAGAGCUUGUCCGCUGCGGCAUUGUGGGAGUUUGGCAAGUUUAA